AAUAUUGGAAUGGAAGAAGACUCUUGCAAGCCAUUCAUGUUCUACUCCUAUGUGAAUGAUCAUGUUGGCUUUUGUGGAAGUAUAAAACAAUUGCCGAGUGACUUUGUAGUAACCGAAAUAGAUACAUCUGGGCAGUUUGUUAAUGAAAUUGCAACAGAUCACAAGAGUAAGGACACCUCCUCAGAACAAUUUAAGAUCUGCCAGCAGGAGUGCAAAAGACCACGGCUGAGCUCUCCAGAGCUGUGUCUAGAAGAGGAAUGUUGCAGUGUUCCAGAUGACGGCGCUCUGUGUACAGCAGAAGGUCUUCCUCCCUCUGCUAGAGGUGCUGAAGAUUUUGAAGACAGUAAUGUACUUGCUUGUCAGCUUGACAAAGUUGCUACUCUGGACUCCUUGUUAGAGGACUCUGUAUGCGAGCGGCUAAGGCUGUUCGCUUGUAAUGUGAAGGAUGUGUGGAAUUCGAAAUCUGAGCCAGCAGUUUAUCCCUCUGACUUCUCCCUUGGUCCAAUACUUGAUAAGAGGACUCGUGCCAGUUUGCACUGUGCCAUAAGACAGCAGUAUCCCUGCUUGAUCACCAUUACAAAAUGUGGUGAAAUUGUAGUGAAAGCAAACCAAGAUUACCAGGAGCUCUGCCACUUAGUGUCUGAAGAGGAAGCAUGUGGUUUUCUAAAAUUUUUAGAUGCCAAAAUAGAAGAUUCAAAGUUUGCUUUUAGACCUGAUGGAAAUAAGGAACACCGUAAGAAAGUUCACCAUUUUAUCAGUAACAAAUUUGGAAAGCUGGUAGAAACCAAGUCAUUCCCUGACCCUCAGCAAAAUGCUGUGGUUGUGGUAAGGUUUCGUGAGAGAUACGGUUUCCGAAAAAGGACUAAUGCUGAUAGUGGAGAGAAACAAGAAAUAUACACAGCUUUUACUCUCCGGAAAGAGAACCUGGAAACGCUUGAAGCAAUUGGCUAUUUGUCUUCUGAACUUGGUGUACUGUCUUCAGACUUCAGUUACACAGGCAUUAAAGACAAGAAGGCCAUUACGUACCAGGCUAUGGUGGUGAAGAAGGUAACUCCUAAAAGACUAAAAGAACUUGGAAGGUCAAGUGAGAAAAAAGGAAUGUGUGUGGCUAAUGUACGCCCUGCAAGCCAGCCACUUAGGCUUGGCCAACUGCAAGGAAAUCACUUCUGUAUCCUUGUGAGAAAUUUAAAACAGCACAGCAGUGACUGUUCUGCAAGCCUAAAAGAGAGAAUAGUGGAAGCAAUUGAGAAUGUCAAGAAAAAUGGCUUUAUCAAUUAUUAUGGACCUCAGCGAUUUGGUCAAGGGAAAAACGUCCAGACUGAUCAAAUUGGAUUGGCUUUGCUGAAUGAAGAGCUGGUCAAAGCUGUACGAUUGUUUUUCACACCAGAAGAUACAGAUGAUCCUGUAAAUAAGGCAAAAAAAUACUUUCUUCAGACUGAGGAUGCAAAGGGCACCCUUGCCAUGCUGCCUGACUUUAAAGUAAGAGAGAAGAUGUUAGUUCGUGCAUUAAAUCGCUAUGGGAUAAAUCAAGAGGGGUGUUGCCGAGGAUGGCUCAGCAUUCCUCAUUCCAUGCGUAUCUUAUACGUUCAUGCAUACUGCAGUAAAAUUUGGAAUGAAGCUGCUUCCUACCGGAUUAAGACAUAUGGGACAAAAGUUGUGAAUGGUGAUCUGAUCUUUGCUGAAGAAAGUGCUGCAAAUUCUUCACUGAAUGCCAAGGUCCAUGUAGUAACAUUUGCAGAAGAAAUGGCCAGUAAAUAUACAAUAAAUAAAGUUAUUCUCCCAAUGGUUGGUUACAGCAUUCAGUAUCCCGCUAACAAAGUCGGAGAGUGGUACCAUGAAAGGCUGGCCAGAGAUGGACUUCAGGCAUGCAAGUUUAGACUUCCUACAUUACAGCUGAAUGUGCCUGGCUGCUACAGACACAUCUUGAAAUAUCCUCACAAUCUAUCAUAUAGUUUCUUAAAAGACAAUGAAAGCAAAAAAGUUACUGGAGACAGUCCCCUAGACGAUUCAGUGACUUCUCUUUCUAUGUCAUUUUGGCUUGAUUCAUCAUGUUAUGCCACUGUUUGCUUGGGAGAAAUCAUGAAAUGUGAUAUUUGAAGAAAAAAAUAAAUGUUUAGCACUACU